AUGAUUAGAUAUAAUAUUAUAUCAUAUCUAUUAAUUAACCCAACUUUUUUGACAUUCCUUCAAAUGAUUUCCCGCACAAUUUUCGGUAUUUACAUUCCAAAAUCAAACGGCUCUUUUUAAAUUGAAAAUGAGUGAUUUAAGUUCAAGUGAUAACUGCGUAAAUUCACCGCAGUUUAAAGUGUCUCCCAUCGUAACUAGAAGUCGAAAAAGUUCAUUAGUCGUUAAGGUGUCUUCUUCUGUUAAAGUUCCUUCAAACUUUUUAUCUGACGAUUCUGAAAAUGAAAAUUCCCCUUCGAGAACAUCUCGAACAUCACAUUUUACAGCCAAAAAAGAAAUUAAAUAUCACAAUAGACGACUAAAGACAUCAUCAGAUUCUUCCUCUGAAAGGGAGCACACAAACGGGUACUGUGGCCAGGAAAAGAAGUUGAAAGUGGAAAUAACACCAACUAAAGAUUUAUAUAAACCAGUCAAAACAUUUUCACCUAAUGCUAAAAUGAAAAAGACACUGUCAAAAGAUUUCACUGCAUAUUGUACUCCUGAGAAGCUUUGUAUUAAAGCAAAUCGCAAUAAUUCGCCCAGAACGAAGCUUUCAGUAGCACUAGAGAAAAUAACAAUAGGAAAUACUAGAAGGUCUAUUUUAAAAAAGGGCUCAUAUAAUUCAACUCCUAAAAAAGCUGUAACAUAUACACAUUUGUCAGAUGAUGAAAACCUACCACCAAAGAUCACCCCUAAACGUAACACAUCAAAAAACAUUUCUAGAAAAGGUAUUCUAACACCUUCAAUGCAUAAUAGAACAAAGACAGUUAUAAAAGGACGGGAUUCGUUAUCUACAGCUUGCAGUCAAUUACAUGUCUCCUAUGUACCUGAUAGUUUGCCAUGCAGAGAGAAAGAAUACUCCAAUAUUUUUAAUUUUCUUCAGGGAAAACUUGUUGAUGAAAUUGGAGGCUGUAUGUAUAUAUCUGGAGUUCCUGGUACUGGUAAAACAGCAACAGUUACUGAAGUUAUUAAACAUUUACAACAGUCUUCAUCAAAAGGAAGUUCUCCUACUUUUUCAUAUGUGAGCAUCAAUGGAAUGAAACUUAGUGAACCAAGACAGGCAUAUGUAGAAAUACUGAAACAACUUGAUGGGAAAAGUAUGAGAUGGGAACAAGCACAAACUACACUAGAAAAUAAAUUUUCAAGAAGCUCGAAGAAAAUGAAUCCUACUAUAUUAGUAGUUGAUGAAUUGGAUAUUUUAUGUACCAAAAGACAAGAUGUAGUAUAUAAUUUGUUGGAUUGGCCAACUAAGUCUCAUGCUCAACUAAUUGUAAUUACAAUUGCCAAUACAAUGGAUUUACCUGAAAGGCUUCUUAUGAGCAGAGUAACAAGCAGAUUAGGUUUAACAAGACUAACUUUUCAACCCUACAAUUUCAAGCAAUUGCAAGAAAUUAUAACUAAAAGACUUUUAGGUACAAAUAUUUUUAACCCAGAUGCUGUACAAUUGGUUGCCAGAAAAGUAGCUUCUGUGUCAGGUGAUGCCAGAAGAGCAUUAGAUAUAUGUAGAAGGGCAGUUGAAAUUGCUCAACAAGAAGGGCCGGAGACUUUAGUCGGUAUGAGACACGUUACAGCAGCCCUAAGCGCGAUGAUUACGCAACCCAAAAUCCAAGCUAUUUCACAUUGUUCUCAAUUGGAAAAAAUUCUAUUACAAUCGGUUGUAGCUGAGGUAAGGCACAGAAUGAUUUGAGACGCCCUUUAAUAUUAUUAAAUAGUUAAUUGAUAUA